AUGAUGGUGAGCUGUUGCAACAUUGGUAAUGGGAAAAUCAGGCGAGUGAAGAAGGCAUUUGGGUUUGGCUUUUCUUUUGCCGACGAUGCGAUAAAGAGGGCUUCGAUUUCUCGGAGCUCCAAAAACCAACGACCACCCAUCCUUAUGAACCAAUACACCACCGCAGUUAUCACGUCUCCGAUCCCCCCCCCCCUCAGACGAGUCGCCUUCGAGUCGCAUACAAUGGAGCCAAAGCCGCCUGCUAAAGCAAGCCCUAGUGUCACCGCCUGUGAAAAGCACGCCCUAGCGCACAUGAUGCAUCACCACCAACAAAAAAGCUCUUCAUCACCACCACUAGAAACCUUAGUUGCGCCUCCUGUCCAAACCAUAGCGUCGCCAUCAAAUGAGAACAAUCUCCAUAAAACCCUAGCCGUCAUGAACAUCCUAGAUCUGUGUAUCAGAUGA